AUGAGCUUUCCUCUCGUCCGCGAGGACUGGACUGCUGACGAGGAGAUGCUGCUGCUGGAGGCCCUAGAGAUGUACGGAAUGGGCAACUGGGGGGAGAUUGCAGAGCACGUGGGGUCGAAGAGCAAGGCACAGUGCCACGACCAUUACCUCUACGAUUACCUGCUGUCACCUACUGGUCCCUUGCCUGACCUGACUCGCCUACGAACCCAAGCGGACACGGAAGCAGCCAAGAUGGCAAUGGAGGAGCAGGAGGCAGCAGAGACUGCUGCGAGGGCGCAGGAGGCAGUUCUGUUCAACGUUCCUGUCGUCAAACCCGAACCAGGCACCAAGACAGACGAUGCAGCAACACCAAUAACGAGCGGGUACAACACGAAGCGCAACGAGUUCGACCCGGAAUAUGAUAACGAGGCAGAGGCCCCGCUGGCAGAGCUGGAGUUCAAAGAGACGGACUCGAGAGUGGAUAGACAGUUAAAGAUUAAGAUGCUUCAUAUUUACUACUCACGGCUGGAAGAGCGGUCCCGGCGCAAGGCCUUCGUCCUGGAACGAGGGUUGCUAGACCCGAGAAGAGUGGAUGGGACGAUUCGACCCGAAACCAACACCGGCAGCAGCAGGGGCAGGGACAGGGACGGGACAGAAGAGCAUGAGGGGCUGGUGCAGAGCCUCACUCAGGCACAGAGACUCAGAGACAGAGUGGACGUGCUGCAGGAACUCAGAGCAGCGGGGUGCAAGUCACUGGCGGAGGGUCGUCGGUUCAUCCAGGCGCAUUACAAGGACAACCCCGCCGCUGCCGCUGCUGCUAUUGCAUGCCUUCCACCCUCCGCCACAGCCAUCAGCACAGCAUCAUCAGGAGGCGCUUCAGCAGCUCUUGACAUCUCCUCCCACCCAGGAUGCGACCUGCUGUCACCCAAGGAGCGUGAGCUGUGCACGCACAUGCGCCUGCUGCCAGCUCACUACCUUCGAGCCAAGCAGGUUAUCCUGCAGCAAGCAGCACUCUCAGGGGGAGCCAUCUCGCGAGCAGCGGUGCACCGACUCUUCCGCCUGCCCCCCGCCACCACUGAUGCCAUCUUCAGAAUCUUGCUGGCGGCUGGCUGGAUAGCUGAAGCCGGGGGAAACGGUGGUGGGGGGAUGGGAGGGGCGCUGGGAGGGGGGAUGGUGAAGCAGGAAGGGAUGUGA